AUGAAUCAGUAUUUGAAAAUUGGUUCAGGUUUGAUUUCUUUAAAUCGAACGAUUUUAUUCAGUUUUCAACGAUUUCAACAUGUAUCAUCAGCUAAAGGAGUUACAUUAUUUGAAGAUGUAUAUAACCCACCUAACGAAAUGGCCGACCCUGAACGAUGCCUGAUUAUUACACAUGGUCUCUUCGGAUUUCGUACUAAUUGGAGAUCAUUAGCAAAAGCGUUCAGUGAACGAGCAAAAAUAAAAGUAGUAACAGUUGAUAUGCGUAAUCAUGGUGAUUCUCCAUAUACGGAUUCUAUGAACUAUUGUGAUAUGGCAUCAGAUUUAAUUAGAACAAUCGAAAAACAUCAGAUGCCAAAAACAAUUUUAAUGGGCCAUAGCAUGGGUGGCAAAGCAGCGAUGAUUGUGGCGUUAGAAAAACCGAAAUUGUUAAGAAAACUAAUCGUAGUUGAUAUAGCACCAACAAUAAGUGCAUCAAUUGGAGAAAUUCCGUCUUAUACUAGAAUUCUACUUGAUAAUAUACAUCGAAUACAAUCUGAAACAGAUAUUGUUGCAGCAAGACGUGCGAUGGAUGCCAUCCUUCAAAAGUCAUCUGAAUCAUUGCAAAAGACUAAGAGCCUUCGUGAUUUUCUUUUGAUGUUGAUUGCUUAUGAUGAACCAAGUGGACGAUUUAUCUGGCGAGCAAAUUUAGAAGUUCUUGAAGAACAUAUGAAUGAUAUAAUGCAUUUUCCAACUGAAUAUGAUAAUACUUCAGUCGACGUUGAUACAUUAUUUAUUGCUGGAGGAAAAUCACCGUAUAUAAAUGAUGAAUCACUGCCCAAAAUACGAAGUUUAUUUCCUUUAUAUCGUCUUAUUCGAAUUCCUAAUGCUGGUCAUUGGGUGCAUUCUGAACGACCUCAUGAUUUUUUAAAUUGUGUUUUACCUGAAUUAGAAAUAAAAUAA